AUGGCUAAUUCUGCCGAGAAUAUAAUCACAGAAUCACCGACAUCGCCUACGAGCUUUUCCGGGGGUACGCUCACCGAGACAGACGAGAAGGCUGGAAGCGAUCAUGGGAAGCCGUCGGACGUGUCUAUUCCAUCAGUCUCUAUCGAUCUAGAGAGCCAGGAUGAAAAGCCACGACCAGGUUUGCUCAAAAGACUGAGCGCCGGCCUCCCAGUUCAGGUCCCUCCCCAUUGGAAGCCAGGAUUCAUCAAUGACAAUCGGGAUACUCGGUCACUCCAAGAUUUUCCGGAAGGUUUCCCUCGUUUCGCUGCCUGGAUGAACUGCGAUGAAAACUUCCUCUUGACGAGACGCUAUGGCUGGUUGCAUACCCGGGUAAUGCUUUUCAGACAAUCCGAGCUGCGAGAUCUCGAAUUGAAAUUGCAGCGUAGCGACAAGCAAGAUUUAGACGACGAAGAUGAUGCGUUGAUCGAUCAUCAGUUAUUUGGUAGUGGUGAAGCAGGAGAGGAGAGGAAGAUGUUGAUCCAACAGAUCGACGACAAGUUGAAAGAGUAUGGUGAGUAUUGCAGCAACUUCUGACCGUAACCAAUUAUAACGAAUGACAGACGACAUCGUAAUGAGGGCCAAAGCCAUGGCCUCGUUGCCCAAAGCUAGUCUAAGGAAUUACGCUUCCGUCUGCAACCAUAUCUACAACAAGGCACCUUUCACAGAACGAGAGAAGAAAGUCUUCAUGAACGAUUCAGACUUCGUAGCUCUGAUCGAGCAAGAAGAAACCAAGUCCUUUGAUGGAUUCAUCGAAGAUAUCCUGAGCAUGCUGCCUUGCCGCGGGCUCACUAGAGUCGGUUUCCGGAAAAUCCUCGUUGAUAAGGAGGGAACCGCUGACAGAGACGUAGUUCGUUUUCUCCAAUGCACAACAGAGGGCCACCUCGAAUGACAAGGAACUUUUCCUCUACGACAAGAAGCGGAUAGAUACCUUUAUCCGGAUUGUCAUGACCCUCUUGGCGGUGGCGUUACUACUUGCUCCCGUCGUGGUUCUCUUUCGAGAGCAAGACAGCGGGACUGUCAAGAUUGUCGUCAUCCUGGUCUUUACGCUGUUCUUCAGCUUGGCUUUGAGCCUUGCCACGAGAGCGAGACGAGCGGAGGUCUUUGCUGCUACUGCUGCGUGA